AAAGUUACCGGUCAUGCCCACUUGUCUUAUAUAAACCCCCUCACUAUCUCAUUUCUCAUCGCAUCGCUUUUUAUUUCAAGAUAUUUCUCCUAUUUUCCGCUGAUACUUCCAAGAUAAUAUCAAUCAAAGACGAUAUUUUUAUCAGGAGUUGAAGCAAUCAAUGAGUACCAUGGCAGUAGCAUCGAAUGCACUGAGAUCGACACUGAAUCCGAAUGCUCCCCUUUUCAUCCCAGCAGCAUAUCAACAGGUGGAGGACUUCUCACCUGAGUGGUGGGAGUUGGUGAAGACAACCUCAUGGUUCCGUGACCACUGGUUCCGUCAACACCAAGAACAAGAAACCUUUGAUGGUGAAGAUGAUGACGUCGACGUCACAAACCUGUUGCCCGAUUCUUUUGAUCUUGGAAUCAACGACGAGUUCUCCAAUCUCGAUGAGGCUACUUUCCAUCAAGUCUUUGAUGUUGUGGAACAGGAACCCUUUUAUGCUGGAUCCAAGAAAGAGAGUGUGAAAGCUGGGGAGAGUGAUGCUGAUGCGUUGAUCAGGAGUCUGAGCUUGAAAUCGCCAAGGAGCGGGGCUGCGAAGCCAGUGUUGGAGCCUCUGAAGCACCAUGAGAAGCCAAUGCAGUAUGUGAGCCCAAAGUUCAGCCCUCGUCGCAUUAUCCAGCAGCCUCGUUAGAUUUCAAUGUAAAUCAGCAGGAUCUGGCUCCUUGAGAGCAGCAGGUGGUGGUUCCAGUGUACUAUUUCUUUUCUGUAUAGGGCCCUUAGGUGCAGUUCUAAUGUAGUUCUCAGCGGACUCUGUUCAGCAAAAACCUCUGAGAAGAGGAGAAAAUAGAAAAAUUUGUAUUUAAAAAAAAAUGUUGUAGCUUCUGUGAAGGAAAAUGUAUGCUUUUCGCAUCCGAUAUAUGACCAUCUUGUUUCACAAGUUGAAUUC